CAUGAUAUGCAAAUGAACCGGAUGUAAGUGAGGGAGGGUUACGCAAGGUCACCUGCCUCAGUUUCCCUUCCACAGCCAGCGUAAAGUAAGGCAGGGCCUGCUCUUAUUCAGUCUCUCCCACUCAGUUAAGCUUUUCUUUCAUAAAUGUAAAGGUGCUUUGAGACGGAUGUUUUCUGACGCUACCUCCCGGCUCGGACACAGGCGGAACCUCCACUUGGUCUGUCCAUGACAUGUGGCCCAGGCCUUGGGUAGCGGGGCCCCGAGCGCGCAGCCACGAUUCUAGAUUCAGGACUUCACGAGAAAUGGCUUCAAGGACGCAAAGCCCGGGUAAACUGAGAGACGAGGGCGGAGCACAGGUCAGGAAACGCGUCUCUUUCCUAGUUCCGCCCCCUUCUCUCCUACGGGGCAGUUGGGAGCCACCGUUACGGAACUGCGGGAGCCUGCGUACAGCGUCCUAGUUGGUCGCUGGUUGCCGGGCAACCGCCCUGCGUGCGCGACGCACGUAAGGGUCGGCGGCCGCCGCGGCAGCUGUGGCGGGAGGGUUGAGCCGCCGGAGCCCGGCGGGAGCCCGGCGGGCUGCUGAGAACGCUGCGGUCAUGGCCCGAGUGUGGCAACAUCCAUUUCUGAAUGUCUUCAAACACUUGAAAGUAGAAGAAUGGAAAAGGUCUACCAAAGAGGGUGAUGUGACUACUGUUAUGGAUAAGACGCUGAAGGGAACAGUUUAUCGUAUUCGUGGUGCCAUUCCUGCUGGCAAUUUUAUCCAGCUCCCAAAAACUAGCACCCAGUCUCUGGGAUUGACAGGGCGCUACCUCUACCUACUUUUCAGACCUAUUCCCAUGAAGUACUUUGUUGUCCACUUGGAUGUGACUACUGAGGAUAGCCAAGUGAUUCGCAUCUCAUUCUCCAACCUCUUUAAGGAGUUCAAGUCCACGUCUACCUGGCUUCAAUUCCCUUUCAUUUAUGAAGAAACUACAGGGCUUUCGAAGACUUCUAAGACAGACCUUAUUGGUGCAGCUCCCAGGUGUGUACGAUGGACUUGCCUUCAGCUAGAUCUCCAGGUCAUUCUAAUGCUAUAUCUGAAUCGACGUUACAGCCAUAUAAAGAGUAUCAAGCUCUGUGCCAAUCAGCUGGUGAAAAAUAUUUAUACCAGUGACCUGUCUUUUGAUCCAGGUGUCACCCUCUCAGAAGUCCGACAGGCCAAACUGGCUCUCAAUCCCAUGCCUCGAGAAAUGUCAUUUCCUAUUCCAAAGGGGGAGAAAUGGCAUGAUCAUUAUAUGUUUAUCAGGUUUCCUACUGAUGAUUCCCAAAUGCCCCAUGAUUCAGUUCAGAGAUGUCUUCGUCAUACAUCAAGAUCUCAGGAACCUGUCCAACAAUUUUUGCAACCGAUGACUGACAGCAGAGCCAUUCAAGAUAGAGUGUCACUCAUCCAGCAGAUAACCAGCCCCAUGGCUUGGUCACAUCGGGCUAAUUCAGUUCAAAAAGCUAUCCCUGAGAUAAAUGCGACCUCUGGAGACUUGGAAACCUCACACCUUGGAGAUCAGAAGAGCUGCAGAAAAGGAGUUCUUGCUGGUGGAGAUGCCACUGUCACAUGUGCGGCAAAUGAUGAUGGCAUUGACGUGUAUGUUCACAAAUUGGGCAAGGGGUCCACCAUCCUCGAAGACCCUGGCUUAGAUGAGAUUGCAAACCCAAGGAUGACCAAAUCAGAAACCAUUUCUACUAAGAAUUCAUCUCGGCACAGAUGUCUCCUGCCUGACCCGAUCCUGAAGUUAAAGGGAGUUAUUGGCUUUGGAGGCUGCAAUACCAAAUGGGCCUUGUGGUCUAAAGAUGGUUCCUAUUUGGUUUAUCCUUGUCAUGCUGUAAUUGUGGCCUUGAUUGUUGAGACUGGAGAACAGCGCUUCUUUAUUGGUCACACAGAUAAGGUUUCUUCCCUCGCAUUUAAUGGGAACAGUACUCUGCUGGCUUCAUCACAGAUGGGUCUCCUGAGCAUGGUACGACUUUGGAAUUUUGAGACAGGAAAAUGUCUGUCAAUAUUUAAAACUCAGAUUCAUUCCCUAUGCUUCCUCAGCUUUUCUUACAGUGGGACUGUCCUCUGUGGUGUUGGAAAGGAUAGACAUGGGAAGACGAUGCUGGUGGUGUGGAACACAGCCUCUGUGAGCCACGGAGGGGAGGUGACGGUCCUUGCGAAGGCUCACACGGAUGUGGACAUCCAGGCCUUGAAGAUUGCAUUUUUUGAUGAUACCAGGAUGGUGUCAUGUGGUCGAGACAACAUCAGACUGUGGAGGAUUCGAGGGGGUACCCUGCGCUCAUGUCCAGUAAAUCUGGGAGAGUACCAUGCUCUGGAGUUCACUGAUCUUGCCUUUGAGGAAGGGCUUGUCGCCAAUCGAGAACCUGAAGAUCGAACACUCUUUGUCUGUAGCCGGAGUGGUCAUAUUCUAGAAAUCAACUACAAGAAUGUUACUAUCCAAAAUGCUCGUCGACUCCUCCCUUCGCUAACUCAGCCUGCACAUCGGAAAGAGAAGCAGACAUUCAGCUCGGGCCCAGGGAUUGCUAUCAACAGCAUCAGUAUUUCUUCUACCUUCUGUGCCAUGGGCUCUGAGGAUGGUUAUUUGAGACUCUGGCCACUGGAUUUUUCAUCUGUCUUUUUGGAGGCAGAGCAUGAAGGAGCAGUUAGUUCAGUGUGCAUUAGUCCAGAUGGACUUCGAGUCCUAUCCACUACCUCCACUGGAAACCUGGGGUUCUUGGACAUCCAGUCCCGAGGGUAUAGCACACUUGUGCGGUCGCAUGCGGAUUUGAUUCUGGCAUUUGCUGUAGAAGGACACCGGAAACAACUGGCCACUGUCUCUCAGGAUAACACCAUUAGAAUAUGGGACUUGAUGACCAUGCAACAGCUUUAUGAUUUCACUACUACUGAAGAGACCCCUUGUGCCAUAACCUUUCAUCCCACACAGCAGGUCUUUAUCUGUGGCUUCAGCAAUGGGGUUGUGCGAUCUUUCAGCUUGGUUGCCUCUGAUCUUCUGGUGGAAUACAAGCAGCAUCGAGGAGCAGUAACGGGCUUGACAGUGUCACCAGAUGGCAACUACAUGUACAGUUCCUGUUCCCAGGGAAUCCUGGCUCUCUAUAACUGUUCCACCCCAAAGUACAAUGUCCUCAGAAUGCUGAGUAAUGUGGUCUACCAGAAUGCUGAGCUGGGCACCAACAUCCUGGUUGUCAAUGAGGAUAGCAGUCUCCUGGCCUUUGUGGGUCCCUCCAAAUAUACAGUGACCAUUAUGGAUGCUUCCUCCUUAGAUGAGCUACUUCGGAUUGAUAUCAGUAUCCUGGACUUGGAAAGUACAAAACUAGACUCUGCGUUGGACAUUUGUUUUGCUCCUGUGUCUAGUGGCCAUCUGCUAGUAUCUACUUCUUCCAACAAAGUCCUGGUACUUGAUGUCAAAACCGGUUGCUUGAUCCGACAGUUAUCUAAUGUUCACCAAGUAGCCUGCUCUGCAUUGGCUCUGAGUAAAGAUGGUCAAUUCCUCUUGACGACUGGUGACCGGGCUAUCAAAGUGUGGGACUUUCAGAUGAAAUUCAACACCAGCUUUCAGGUAUUUAUCGGUCAUUCUGAGCCAGUGCAAGGGGUGGCUUUUACUCCUGACCAGCAGCACAUCAUCAGUGUUGGAGAUGCCAUCUUUAUAUGGGACUUCUUAGCUACACCUGAGAAGACAUCUAAGAGCAGUGUCCAUUGGUCUGUAGAGUCCUCUUCAUCUCCUGCUACUGGACCAAAUAUUGAGAAGAUUGGAGAUGCAGCCUUUGGGAUCAAUGAAGUACCUCGUCGGUUGAUUCCUGUGCCAUCUCUGGCCUCCCCACCUCAUCUGGAUAUCAGCUCUAUGCCCCCUGAGCGAAAUCAUGGUGUUUUUUCAGAGUCUGAUGAUGAAGGAAUCUGUUUAAAGAGCUGCAUCGCAGGGAUGACUCAGAAAGUCUCUGAGCUGUCUGUUGAGGAGAAAGUAGAUGGGAAUGCAAGUGGCCCUGGGAAGAUCAAAUUAGAUACUGGUAAUGGCAGGAUUGUGGAACCCCAAAACAAUGUUCGCCCUGAUUCUUACAAACAUUUUAUUGCUCGAUUCAAAGCAUCUACCCUUCCCAAGAAAAUCUCCUUCCCAGAUAACAACUGUGAGCGUUUGAGGCUGAAAGCUGUUGUUGGAUAUAAUGGGAAUGGAAGGGGAAACAUGGUCUGGAGACCAGAUACAGGCUUUUUUGCAUAUACCUGUGGAUGUGUGAUUGUAGUAGAAGACCUACACUCUGGCUCCCAGCAGCAUUGGCUGGGCCACCCUGAGGAAAUUUCAACAUUAGCUGUCAGGCACGAUGCCCAGGUCCUUGCCUCUGCCUCAGGCUGGGGAGAUAAGAACUCCCGUUGUCAAAUCCGAAUCUGGGAUGUGCCAGAGGGGACUUGCCUCAAGGUUCUGUUUCAUCAUGAGACUGAAGUGCAAGCCAUGGCAUAUUCACAGAAUAAUCGACUUUUUAUCACUCUGGGGGAUUACAGUGACCGAACCAUUGCCCUCUGGAAUGCCUUCACCUAUGAACUGAUGUCCUCCACCAGAUUCAUGGAGCCAGUUCAUGAAGUGGCUUUUAACCCUUUCAGUGCUAAUGAACUUGCUUGUGUGGGCCAAGGAGCUAUCACUUUCUGGCUCAUGAAGCAGUGGGGAGCUGACAUCAACCUCCAGGUCCACAGAGUUCCUGUGCCUGAAGAAAUAGGACCGGUAGAACUGACAUCAAUAUGCUAUAGCAUCAUCCCCUUACUCUAUAGUGGCACCAACACUGGACAGAUUUGUGUCUGGGAUAUAAGCACCAACCGCUGUUUUAUGACCUGGGAGGCUGAUGAGGGUGAGAUUGGUGUCCUUCUGUGUUCUGGAAAUCGGCUAGUCAGUGGCAGCAACACUAAGCGGAUUCGCUUGUGGGCAGUUGGAGCAGUGCAGGAGCUGAGACUGAAAGGUUCUGGUGCAAGGUCAAGCUCUGUUUUUAUGGAGCAAGAAAUGACUUUGGAUGGUGCUGUGAUCAGUGCCAGCUUUGAUGAUAGUAUGGAUAUGGGCAUUGUGGGCACAACUGCAGGCACUCUGUGGUAUAUCAACUGGGCUGAGAGAACCAAUAUCCGCCUCAUCAGUGGCCACAAAAACAAGGUGAAUGAAGUGACCUUUAGCCCUACUGAGUCCCACUGUGCUACUUGUGGUGAUGACGGCAGUGUGCGAGUCUGGUCCUUGGCCAGCAUGGAGCUGGUGGUACAGUUCCAGGUGCUAAAUCAGAGUUGCUUGUGUCUGGCCUGGAGUCCAUCAGCCCACAGCAGCAGAAGUGACCACCAGCAAGUGGUGGCAGGCUACAGUGAUGGCACAAUCCGUGUAUUCAGCAUUUCCCGGACAGAGAUGGAAUUGAAGAUACACCCUCACCCUGUAGCACUGACAGCCAUCUCCUUCUCUGUGGACGGUCAGAUCAUCAUUUCUGGAGACAAAGAUGGGAUUGUGGCUGUGAGCAGCCCAAGGACAGGAAUUACCAUAAGAGUGCUGGAUGACCACAAAGGCUCUCCUAUCACUGUGAUCCAGAGCAAAAGCAGAGAGUACUAUGACUUUGGUUUGGAAGGUGAACUAUGGUUGGCUGCCAGUGCAGAUCGAAGAGUUAGUGUCUGGGCUUCUGAUUGGCUCAGAGACAAAUGUGAGCUUGUUGAUUGGCUAACCUUUCCAGCCCCCAACAACCCAAAGAUCGCUACUAACUUACCUCCUUCUCUAGCUGCUUUCUGCCCUUGGAACAGCAGCAUGCUGAUCUAUGUUGGCUUUGGGUUGAAGGAGGAGGUCCUCUUCUACAGCCUCCGUCAGAAACAGGUUGUAGAGAAGAUCCCCUUGUCUUACUUUGCGACCUCCCUCUGCCUUUCCCCAGGAUCAUCCCUCAUAGCUAUUGGAUACUGUGAGCGAUUGCUGAGGCUGAUUGACUGUAUGUCGAAGACUGAGCAAGACUUUGUGGGGCACAACGAUGCUGUCCACCUCUGCAGAUUCACACCAUCUGGCAAAUUACUCUUCACAGCAGCUUACAAUGAGAUCCUUGUGUGGGAGGUGCUGAGUCUGGGAGCAGCAGCAACCCGAGAGGCCAAGAACAUCCCUCUUAGACCUCAGAUAGCCACAUAGACUUGGAUUCUCAGUGGACCUUUCCGUCCAGUUUGCUGAUCUGACUGUGGCUCAGUUAAAACUUGUUCCAUAAAUCACAUAGCUCAUCCUGGCCAAAGGAAGUCAACUGCAGUCAGGGACUGAGAACUGACUCUUCACAAACCUAUUUGAUAAACCCAGUGGGUAAGGUGAGAAGGCUGGACCAUUUUCCUCACCAGAGCAAAAGCUGAAUCUACUGGUCAGGUACACAGUAGCAUUGGCUUAUGUUGCAGAAUGUUCCUGUCAUCCUAGCCCCUCCCCCAAUCAUUUUCAAUGAUCUAGCUCCCCAGAAAAACUGCCCCUAAAGGAAAAUGCUCUGAUGACAGAGCAGCCCAAUCAAUUGGAUCUGUGUUAAAUGGGCCUGUAUUUUAUAUGUGUGUGUAUUUUUCAAUAUAUGUUUUUGCCUUAAGAUAAUCCAUUUUGAGGUCUUCAGCUGUGGGCCUGCAAGACUUGAUGCUAAGCUAAGAAACAAUUUUUAUAAAUCACACGGGCCAAAGCUGCUGACUUAAAUGCUAUGGAAAUAUGUAAAAUACUUGCUGCCCUUUUAUUUGUAGGUUUUUAUUUUUUAAUGUUUCUUUCUAUACUUGUACAGUUUUGAAAUAAAAGUGGGUGUUUGCAGUCUG